CCAUGUUAUGCCAUUUUGGAUGAUGUUAUAUCAGGAUAUUUUUUGAUGGAUCACCUCAGACACACUGUCAACACACAACCUGGCUCUGCUUCUCACAUUUCUCCAUUUUCUCAAACUAACGCCUCUUCCCUUGGCCUCCGCUUCUCUGUAUGCUAAUUCACGCAGGUGUCGCUAGGGGGCGUGUCGAAGCUGGUCCUAUGGACCCAUGCAGGAAUAUGCAAAUAACCCAGGCGCUGCAUCUUCACAUUGGUCAAUGGAUCUUACGCGGAGUGGGCGGGGUUUGACCAACUCGCUGUAUAAAUAAACUCAUGUGCUGCUGCUCUCUGUAUACUUCAGUGAUACGGUGUGAAAUCGGUGGGACAGAGAGAGAGAGAGAGAGAGAGAGAGAGAGAGAGAGAGAGCGCUGGAAGAAAAGAGUAAGCUGUUUACAGGGAUCUACAGUUUCAUGUAUAUAUAUUAAGCAAAAAUAUAAAUAUAUAUACAUAUAUAUAUAUAUAUACCAAAGCCAUCCUGGCGGAGGAGAAGGUACUCGGGUAGCCUGGGAUAUCCGAUGAUAGACUUUAGUCCUCUUUCUGUGGGCUGUCCCAUCGCUGGAUCUUACUGUGAAUUAUUUUUUAUGUGAGUGUGUUCUUGCUAUGUUUCUUACUGACUUUCCUAAGCUAAUCAUUCCACCGAACUGGGCUGAUUAAGUGGCUGAUGGUUCCCUCGAGUUGUUGGUGACUGUUCCACGCGCGUGAGGAAACUUUCAGCUCCUGGUCCUUGUGUGAGGACUACAGAGCACAGCUGGAGAAAAGGGAUAUCCACAAAGUGCAAAGAGACUUCAGCAAAAAGUGUUUGGCAUUUUCUGCAUCUUACGAUUCAUCUGAAGACCAGGACCAGACAGGUCUGAAGGGCUGAAUUCCUGUUCGUGCAUUUUGACCUGAGCAAAGUUGUCAACAAGAGGAGUGCAGAGGCGACCUGGCAGGUGUACAAGUGAGUUUGCACGUGUGGUGGACGUCUAGUUCUGCUGCUAUAAAUAGAAGCCGUUCUACGCAUUAAAAAUCAGAGAAACAACAGCUGUAGAGUUGUGCGUGAAACGCCCCACCCUACCUGCACCGUCUUUACAGGACAGGACAGGACAGGGCCUCUCACUCCCACUCGCUUUGGCUCUGAGGCUGCACGUGUCCUCGCAUGGACUGACAUGGCCACGGACCUCGCCAUGAGCGCUGACCUGCCCAACAGUCCCCUGGCCAUCGAGUACGUGAACGACUUCGACCUCAUGAAGUUUGAGGUGAAAAAAGAGCCUCCUGAGGCCGAGCGUUACUGCCACCGCUUACCGCCGGGCUCUCUGUCCUCCACGCCGAUCAGCACGCCGUGCUCCUCCGUGCCUUCCUCGCCAAGUUUUUGCGCACCUAGUCCCGGCGCACAGCCCGUCCAGAACCUCGGAGUCAACAACAACAACAACAGCAGCAGCAGCAGCAAUGGUGGAAACAACAGCAACAACAGUACUCAAGGCGCCUCGGGCAAGCCCCAGCUGGAGGACUUCUACUGGAUCCCUAACUACCAGCACCACAUCAGCCCCGAGGCUUUAAACCUGACCCCUGAGGACGCUGUGGAGGCUCUCAUCGGCAACGCGCACCACCACCACCAUCACCAUCACCACCAGCCCUACGACACGUUCCGCGGGCAGCAGUACGUCGGCGAGGACCUGACGACCUCCUCGAACGGGUACCACCACGCGGCGCACGCCCACCACGCGCACCACCACCAUCACGGCCACCACACGCACGCGCGCCUCGAAGACCGCUUCACGGACGAGCAGCUCGUCAGCAUGACGGUGCGCGAGUUAAACCGGCAGCUGCGCGGCUUCAGCAAGGAGGAGGUGAUCCGUCUGAAGCAGAAGCGGCGCACCCUGAAGAACCGCGGCUACGCGCAGUCAUGCCGCUACAAGCGCGUGCAGCAGCGGCACAUGCUCGAGACGGAGAAGUGCACGCUGCAGAACCAAGUAGAGCAACUCAAGCAGGACGUGGCGCGCCUGGCCAAAGAGAGGGACAUGUACAAAGAAAAGUACGAGAAGCUUGCAGGCCGGACCUACAACGGCGGCAGCAGCAACACCAACCGGGACCCGUCCAGCGGCAAUCACGGCAAAGCCUCAUCGGCGGAUUUCUUCAUAUUUAGUCUCCCUUUUGCUGUCACCACCCUUCUGGGAAGGAUUUGCAUUAGAUGUUGGAGCGUGGCUGUGGGGAUUUGUGCUCAUUUAGCCACAAGAGCCUUAUUGAGGUCAGGCUCUGAUGUAGGUGAGAUCUAGGGUUCAGUAAGUGUUCCAGUUCGUGCCGAAGCUAUAGUGUGCACUUGGAAAGGAGAACAAGAGAAAAAGAAGACAGAAGAGUGGAAAUCGAGAGAGGUAGAGGAAGAGCUUCUGUGUUCUCUGGCGUCUCGGCUGCACUGCCGAUGAGAUUCCCCUGUAGUCAGCGUCUCUACGGGCUCGGUUUACGGGAGACGCAGACAACACACCCACACAACCACAAUGGACAACCAGUUCACACACUCACAGUACACAGCGCGAGUGUGUGCGGCU